CCCCGAGAAGCUCGACGGCUUCAUCAACAAGUACGCCGAGUACACACACGAGAAGUGGGCCUUUGACAAGAUCCAGAACAACUGGACUUUUGGGGAGACGGUGGAUGAAGAGGCCAAAACCCACCCGAUGCUGAGGCCCUACAAGACCUUCUCUGAAAAGGACAAGGAGAUCUACCGGUGGCCCAUCAAGGAGUCCCUGAAGGCCAUGCUGGCCUGGGAGUGGACGGUGGAGAAGGCCCGGGAGGGGGAGGACGAGCGGGCAGAGAAGAAGAAAACCCGGAAAAUCUCCCAGAGCGCCCAGGCCACGUACGACCCCUCGCACGGGUACAGCCCCCAGCCCAUGGACCUGACGGGGGUGACGCUGUCCCGGGAGCUCCAGGCCAUGGCAGAGCAGUUGGCCGAGAACUAUCACAACACGUGGGGCCGCAAGAAGAAGCUGGAGCUGGAGGCCAAGGGGGGGGGGUCGCACCCCCUCCUGGUCCCCUACGACACCCUGACGGCCAAGGAGAAGGCCCGGGACCGGGAGAAGGCCCAGGAGCUGCUCAAGUUCCUGCAGCUCCACGGAUACGCCGUGACCCGGGGGCUCAAGGAUGGGGGGGCUCAGUGGGGCUCCAAGGAUGGGGAACUGGACACGUCGUCCAUCGAGAACCGCUUCGCCUUCAGGUUCCGGCAGCAGCUGCUGCGCUGA